AUGCGGCUGAAGCUGCUGGAUGUCUGGAGAGAGGGCCUCAAGUACAAGCUGCGCAUUCAGGACGCGGGGGACGGCACAGGCCUGGGUGUGUUUGCGCUGGAGACCAUCCCGCAGGGGGAGCUUCUGUCUGACUACGUCGGCGAGCUCACGUCACUGGCGGAGAGUGACAUGCGCGAACGCAGGCUGUACGGUGACAACGGCCUGCUGUACACCUGGCUCAUGCAGCCGCGGCCGUGCGAGGUGCAGGGCGACGGCGACGGCAGCGACGACGAGGCGUACGCCUGGAUAGUCGACGCGACGUUCGCGGGGAACUUCACGAGGUUCAUAAACCACAGUGGCUCGGCGCCCGCGCGGGCGGCUCGCCCCGCCGCGCUGCUCCUGCCCCCAACGGCGGGGCGCGCGCUGCCGCCGCGCGCCGGCCGCUGGCGGCCGCCGCGGGUGCCGCCCUGCGACCCGAAUGUUGAGAGCUUCAACCUAUGUAUGGGCGACGCCGCGUUCCCCUGCAUGCUGCCGGUGAUGUAUACAAAGAGGGACAUCCGGCCCGGGGAGCAGCUCACCGUCGAUUACUGCCCGCAGGCGGCGGAGCGCGCGGAGCAGCGCCGCGGCGAGCGCGAGGCGCGGCGGCCGGCCGCAAAAGCGCGCGGCGCGGCCGCGACGCGCAGCGCGGCGGCGGGGGCGGCGGCGUCGGGGCCCGUCAUGCUGCUGAGUGAAGAGGAGGCUUUUGUCGAAUGCAAGUGCCGCGCGCCGAGCUGCAGGGGGCGGAUAUUCCUGAUCAUGAAGGGCGGCCGCAAGGCGGCGCACAUGCGGGCAGGGAAGAAGGCCGCGGGGGGCAGGCGGCGGCGGCGGAGGAAGGCGAAGGGGCAGGGCAAGGGGAGGCAGCCGGCGGCGGCGAGGCGGGCGGGGGGAGGCGUGGAAGCCAAAAACUCGCGGCAGGAGCGGGGCCGGGAGGAGGACGCGCAGGAAGAUGGUGAGGAGGACGAGGAGGAGGAGGAGGAGGAGGUGAUGUCAGCAGAUGAGCAACAGGAGGCAGCUGGGGAGCAGCGAAGCGAGCAGGAGCGGGCGGACCAGGAGCGUCAUCAUCACCAGCAGCAGCAGCAGCGGCGGCGGCAGGCGGGCGGGCGCAACGGGAACCAUCAGGCGCCCGCUGCCGACACGUUUGCCGCAGAGCCCGCGUCGAAGCGGCGGCGGAGCGGCGCCAAAGGCUUGGCAUAG